GCCUCUUUCCGUCACUGCGGUCACGUGGUGAAGACAGACCAAUAAGAAGCGAUGGCAAACUGUCACUAGGUGGCAGUAAUGAGCCCGCAGGUCGGUAGGCUAGUCGAACCAGAGGAAGAAAACGAGGAAAACCGGGAAAUACAACAGUACCCCAACAAGACAACAAGAGAGUAGGACACUUAAAUUAUGUUCAGGAAUGACUUUUAUUAAUGCCCCGCAAAGCCACAAAGGCGGAUAAGCCGGCGCUGCAAUUCGUCGAGCGGCCUGCGGGUGGAGCCAGACUUCGAAAUGUGCCUGAAGUGCGAGCUGCUGUCAAUCCCAAGGAUUUUUUCUCAGAGACACAAACGCAUAACAGCUCAGAUCUCAACGCAUGGGUAAACCCACAGUUUGACUGCUCAGCUGCUGCUGCACCUCCAAAAAGACGAGGGAGGAGAAGAUGCCAGACUGCCACAAGCCUAGUUGACCGAUGUAGUCAGUUGUCCAGAAAAAACAGCACCUGCAAGUAUCCCUCAUUGUCAUUCCACAUUGGGUUAAAGAACAAUUCUCAACAACAAUCAAGGAGCACAAGCACAACAAAGGGUGCAGGAUCAAAAGUCAAAAAUCAAGCUCGGGAAUCCGUCUGCCGCAGCAAAAGGACUGUAUCGAUUGGGGGUUACUCAGACGCUCCAAAAAGGCAGCUGGCCAAAGUUAGAGAAGGGAACGGUGGAACACUUUCUGAGGGCGCUGCCUCCGACAUCACACGCCUCGAUCAACCUGGAGCUCAGCCUAAAGAAGCCACCAUUAGAUGCAAUGUUCCAGCAGAGGGAGCCUCGACACCUGCCUCCACCAAGUUGAUAACCACAGAGGUGAACAGCGUUUGCUUACCACCCGACGUGGACACUCCAAAAAUGAACUGCUUCUCCCCUCCCCCUGAACUUUUACUGUUCAAUCAGCCACCAUGUAGCAGCCCCCCUGACACCUUGGUUGCUGAUACGCCGGAGAGGGAUUAUGGGGUGAAGGUGACGUGGAGGAGAAGAAAGGGUUUGAUGAUGAUACUGAAAGAAAGAGGUCACCUUUCUGAGUCCGAUACACUAAGUCAUUGCUGAAUUUUCAAAAAAUGAAUUUUUGUUACCCAAUAAAUUAUUCUUUGUUGUGACUCUAAAGCUGUUUACAAUGGACUCUGUGAUCUUUAGAAGUUCUCUUAGAUGUAUUGUAUAGAUUACUGGUGUUUAUCACUGUAGUAAAUCAAGAUUAAACAUACUGUAUUUUAACUGCUGCAAUACUCAAAUUGCACUGCACUGGUAAACCUUGUUGAAGGCAUAUAAUUCUAAUUUUGAAUGUUCUUGUCAGAUUUACCAAUAGUAUGCCCACUAUGUCUACAGUGCCUUGCAAACGUUUUCAGACUCUUUGGCUUUUUACUUUUGAUUUCAGUGUUUUAAAUGCUUCAAUUGAAAUGUUUUUAAAGUGAAAUGAGAAAAAUCGAAACUGUUAGAGCUGCAAAUGUCACAUGAACUUUUGAAAAAGACAGCUUGCAUCUUUUGAUAAAUAUCUACUGUGGGAAACUUGUUGGCAUUUUAAAGAACCUUUGUCAUUUUUAUGUCAUUAAAAGAAUAAUUAGGUUUUAAAAUAAUAAAAGGAAAACGAGGAUGGACACUUUUUCUAAUGGGAUGUUGAUAUUUGUGGAA